AUGCUUAUAACCCCCCCUCGCGCCCUGGGAGGACACUCAGUCUCGCCCCACAUUGUGGGGAAGAGCACCUGGACCCUCAUAGUAGCUGGUACAGAUGUGGUCCUCAAUGUCACAACCAUGAAGGGACCCAAGAAUCUAGGAUGCCCACCCGAAAUGAAAGCCAAUCUAGUCACCUUGUUCCAGGCAGUGGGAGGACCGGUUCCCGGUAACAAUGCUGAUUGGUAUGCCUGUCCGGGGACCCGGAGCCAUAAACGAUGCUCACAUAGCACGGCUAACCAAUAUUAUUGUAACACUUGGGGCUGCGAAACCUCCUCCUGGGGAUCCCUGGCUAGCUCUUGGGGAACCCCCCAGGGAAAUGAUCCCCUACACAUAGAAUACUGGGAUAAGACCCCUUACCCCUCCGGCCCAAACAUUCGCCUGACCUUUUCAAAAUGUAAGGAUCAGGCCCCUGCCCUAACAGGAUCAUGGGGGAUCCGGCGAUACGACCCCACCGGUCCAGAUCAUGGAGCUAUAAUCACUCUCACUUAUGGCUUCACCCCAGAUUCUCCAUCCUCGUCCCUGGGCCCCAACUCAGUCCUGGGCGACCAACAGGCUCCAUCCCCUCCCAAACCUCCCCCAGCGCCAGCCCAACCCCCCUCAGGAAACGCCACCCAGGCACCCUUCUCAACUUCUUCAGCGGAGGACUCGUCCCCGUCAGUACCCACUCCGGCGGUAUCCGGAACUGGGGACAGGUUGGUCGGCCUUAUACAGGGGGCAUAUCAAGCCUUAAACCUGACUAACCCUAACCGGACUCAAGAAUGCUGGCUCUGCCUACUACCUAGGCCCCCCUAUUAUGAAGGGUUGGCACUCAUGGGGAAUUUUACCAAUCAGACCUCCCCACCAGCCCAAUGCUCCGAUAUACCACGGCACAAGCUGACGCUAUCGGAGGUGUCAGGAGAGGGCCUUUGUAUAGGAAAAGUCCCACCCUCACAUUCACUUCUCUGCAACACCACACUAGCCCUGCCUCAGGGCACUUAUUACCUAACACCUCCCAAUGGCACUUACUGGGCCUGUAGCACGGGACUGACCCCCUGUGUGUCUUCCUCAGUCUUAAACAUAUCCUCUGAUUAUUGCGUGUUAAUUGAGUUAUGGCCAAAAAUAACUUACCAUGAACCAGAAUAUGUGUAUGCUCAGUUUGAAGGAAGACCUAGAUUCAGGAGAGAGCCAGUGUCCCUCACCCUAGCCCUCCUGCUUGGGGGAUUGACUGUUGGAGGCAUCACGGCAGGGAUAGGGACCGGAGCAACAGCCCUUGCCGCCACCCAGCAGUUUAGGCAGCUACAGGCAGCCAUGCACACUGACAUAAAAGCCUUGGAGGAAUCGGAUGAUUGUCAGCAGCUUUUACAGACCCUGUUGACUUCAGAAGAGCGACAACGGGUCCUUUUGGAGGCACGGAAGGAGGUUCGGGGACCCGAUAGUCGCUCCACCCAGCUACCCAACGAGAUAAACGCAGCUUUUCCCUUGGAACGCCCUAACUGGGAUUUCACCACGGUCGAAGGUAGGAACCACCUAGUUCUCUAUUGCCAGUUGCUCGUAGCGGGUCUCCAUCGGGCUGCACGGCGCCCGACCAAUUUGGCUCAGGUAAAACAAGUCAGACAGGGACCAGAGGAAACACCCUCUGCCUUCCUCGAACGUCUAAAGGAAGCUUAUCGCAUAUAUACCCCAUAUGACCCUGAGGACCCUGGGCAGGAGACCAAUGUCUCCAUGUCAUUCAUUUGGCAGUCUGCUCCAGACAUUAGACGCAAGCUGGAGCGCUUGGAGGACCUCAGAGAGAGCUCACUCAGGGAUCUGGUAAAAGAAGCAGAGAAAAUUUUCAAUAAGAGAGAGACCCAGGAAGAAAGAGAGGACUGCCUUAGAAAGGAGGCAGAGGAACGAGAGAAACGACUUAGAAAGGAAGCUGAAGAACGAGAAAAGGAAAGGGACCGCAAAAGACACAAAGAAAUGAGUAAACUCUUGGCCACCGUAGUUUCAGGACAGAGACAGGAUAGACAGGGGGGAAACAGAAGGGGCCCACCUCUGGACAAAGACCAAUGUGCCUAUUGCAAAGAAAGAGGACAUUGGGCUAGAGAUUGCCCAAAGAAGCCCAAAGGAUCAAGAAAGCCGAGACCCCCCAAACUUCCCUCCUCGCCCUGGAUGAUUAGGGGGUCAGGGCCAGGAGCCCCCCCCCCCGAGCCCAGGAUAACUUUAGAUAUUGGGGGGCAACCAGUCACCUUCCUAGUCGAUACAGGAGCCCAGCACUCGGUGUUGACUAGAAACCCCGGACCCCUGAGUGACAAGUCAGCUUGGGUCCAGGGGGCCACUAGUGGAAAACGAUACCGAUGGACUAUGGAUCGUAAUGUUAACCUGGCAACCGGUAAGGUGACGCACUCUUUCCUCCAUGUGCCCGAUUGCCCAUACCCCCUCCUAGGAAGAGACUUACUCACAAAAUUAAGAGCUCAAAUUUUCUCCAAGGAAACAGGUGCCCAGGUAAUGGGUCCUCAAGGGCAGCCUUUGCAUGUACUAACUCUCAGUCUGGAGGAUGAAUAUAAACUGCAUGAGGACGACAAUGUCACUGGGGCCCCAACUGAGGCCUAUUGGCUGAACCACUUUCCCCAGGCGUGGGCAGAGACGGGGGGAAUGGGGAUGGCUAGGCAACAGCCUCCGUUGAUAGUGAGUCUCAAAACAACCGCCACUCCUAUCUCGAUUAAACAAUAUCCCAUGUCCCAUGAGGCAAAGGCAGGGAUAAGACCCCACAUCAAAAGGCUCCUUGACCAAGGAAUACUAAUUCCCUGCCGAUCCCCCUGGAACACCCCCUUGUUACCUGUGAAGAAACCAGGGACCGGAGAUUAUAGGCCUGUACAAGACCUGAGGGAAGUCAACAAGCGGGUGGAAGAUAUACACCCAACGGUCCCCAACCCCUACAAUCUGUUAAGCGGACUGUCGCCCUUGCAUACAUGGUAUACUGUUUUGGACCUAAAAGAUGCCUUCUUUUGUCUAAGACUGCACCACAAAAGCCAACCUCUAUUUGCCUUUGAAUGGAGAGACCCCGAGAUGGGAAUCUCAGGACAAUUAACAUGGACCAGGUUGCCUCAGGGCUUCAAGAACAGCCCCACAUUAUUUGACGAGGCCCUGCAUCGGGACCUCGCCGACUUGAGGGUAAGGUACCCUGACUUGAUACUGCUACAAUAUGUUGAUGAUCUCCUGUUAGCCGCCACCUCGGAGCAGGACUGUAGAAGGGGGACAAAGGCAUUGUUACAAGCCAUAGGAGAUUUGGGCUAUCGGGCCUCCGCUAAAAAGGCCCAAAUAUGUCAACAACAAGUUACCUAUCUGGGGUAUCAGAUUAAAGAAGGACAGAGAUGGCUAACAAAGGCUAGAAAGAAAACAGUCAUGCAGAUCCCAACACCCCGAACCCCCCGUCAGCUGAGGGAGUUCCUAGGGACAGCAGGGUUCUGCCGUCUCUGGAUCCCAGGGUUCGCGGAAAUGGCAGCCCCCUUAUUUCCUCCGACUAAACAAGGGAUACUAUAUACAUGGGGACCGGACCAGGAAAAAGCCUUUAAAAGAAUCAAAGCAGCCCUGCUCACGGCCCCAGGCUUAGGACUUCCUGAUCUGACCAAGCCCUUUGACCUGUUUGUCGAUGAGAAACAGGGUUACGCAAAAGGGGUCUUAACACAGAGGCUGGGACCAUGGCGACGACCAAUUACCUACCUGUCCAAGAAAUUGGACCCAGUAGCUGCAGGAUGGCCCCCAUGCCUCAGAAUGAUAGCUGCAAUAGCGGUCCUCGCCAAGGACGCUGGAAAAUUGACCAUGGGCCAACCAUUGACCAUUCUGGCCCCGCAUGCCAUUGAGGCCCUGAUCAAACAGCCCCCAGACCGCUGGCUCUCCAAUGCCCGCAUGACCCAUUACCAGGCCCUGUUACUGGACUUGGACCGAAUCCAUUUUGGGCCGACGGUGGCACUCAACCCUGCGACCCUGCUGCCACUCCCAGAGAAGGGGGAGGCGGACGACCAUGAUUGCCUCGAGAUCCUUGCGGAAAUGCACGGGACCCGAUCGGACCUGACGGAUCAACCCCUCCGGGACGCGGACGUCACCUGGUACACAGACGGCAGCAGCUUCCUAAGGGAAGGUGAGCGGAAAGCAGGCGCUGCAGUUACCACCGAGUCGGAGGUAAUCUUGGCUCAGCCUUUACCAGCGGGGACCUCGGCCCAGCGGGCGGAACUUACCGCCUUGACUCAAGCCCUGAGUAUGGCAGAAGGUAAGAAGCUCAAUGUUUAUACUGAUAGCCGAUAUGCUUUCGCCACCGCUCAUGUCCAUGGGGAAAUAUACCGGAGGAGAGGGCUGCUAACCUCAGAGGGAAAGGAAAUCAAAAAUAAGGCCGAAAUCUUGUCUCUGCUGAAAGCCCUGUUCCUGCCAAAAAGACUGAGCAUUAUGCAUUGCCCAGGGCACCAGAAAGGGGAUAGUCCGGAAGCUCGGGGAAAUCGGCUAGCGGAUGAAGCCGCCAAACAAGCGGCCCUAAAACUCCUAACCAUACUGCCAAUAAACCAAAAUAAAAAGGACCCCUUCCAAUAUAGCAAAAAGGAUUUAGAACUCUUGGCAGACAUGGGGGCAGAACAAGAUCAGGCAACUGGCAAUUGGAUCUGGAAGGGAAAAACCGUGGCGCCGAUGUCAUACACUUAUGACAUGCUUGACUACCUGCAUAAACUGACCCACCUCAGCCCCCGAAAAAUGAAAACCUUAUUAGACCGAGAGGAAGGUUUUCGCUAUCUGCUGGGGCGGGACAGCAUUCUCCAGGAAGUCAUGGACAAAUGCAAAGCCUGCGCGCAAGUAAAUGCAGGCAAAACCAAGAUAGGACUGGGGAUACGGGUCCGAGGGCAUCGGCCAGGGGUGCAUUGGGAAAUUGAUUUUACGGAGAUAAAGCCAGGGAUGUACGGAUACCGGUAUUUAUUGGUAUUUGUGGACACUUUUUCGGGAUGGGUGGAAGCCUUCCCAACUAAACAUGAAACGGCAAAGAUUGUGACUAAGACUACUGGAGGAAAUCUUUCCUAGAUAUGGUAUGCCGCACGCCCUAGGCUCGGACAACAGGCCCGCUUUCGUCUCCCAGUCCCUCUCUGGAAGCUCAUUUGCAGGCACUCCAGAUCGUGCAGCGAGAGGUCUGGAAGCCCCUUCCCGCGGCUUACCGGGAGCAAUUGGACAGACCAGUGGUGCCUCAUAGUUACCAGAUUGGUGAUACAGUGUGGGUCCGCAGACACCAGACUAAGAAUUUGGAACCCCGCUGGAAAGGACCCUACACCGUGCUGCUGA